AUGAUCGGCGAAUCCGUCGGCUGGGAUAUCGCCGUGCCACCUCGUCUGCUGCAGCUCUGCCGCGACAUCCAGACCCAAGUCAACGAGCACGAUCCGGUGCGUGGCGUAUGGUCGGUGCAGCAUGACGACGCAACGGAGUGGCACGUGUGGUGCGAUGCGUCGGGAAUCGCGCUGGGUGUCGUGGUGCAAGUCAACGGCGAGGUCAUCGAGGACCGCAGCUGGCUGCGCCCGGCUGACGACAAACGGCAUAUCAACAUCGCUGAGUUGGACGCCGUCAUCAAGGGCCUCAACGCGGCUGCCAAUUGGCCUGCGCGGAAGAUCCGCCUCCACACGGAUUCCAAGACCGUGCAUGGCUGGCUUCGUCAGAUCCUCGGGAACGAGCGCCGCGUGAAGGUUGGCGGGCUCCACGAGCUGCUCGUCAAGCGUCGGUUGCAGAUCAUUGACGACAUCGUCGCAACAGCUCGCCUUGACGUGGAGGUGGACUGGGUUCCGUCAGAACAGAACCUCUCCGACCAGCUCACGCGCGUUCCGACGUCCUGGCUGGCCUGCACAUCGGAUAACAGCGUGACGGAUGUUGCUGCCAGCCUCGCCAUCAUGCCGAGUCUGUCGAUGGCCGAGAUCCUGGCCGGGCAGGAGGACGACGGUGCACUCCAGGCAGCGAAGGCCGCAGUGAUCGCUGGGGACGACCUCCCGCCUGACAGCGGCUUCCGGAACAUCCGCGGUCAGCUGCAAGUUCAAGACGGCGUCUUGCAGCGCAGCGUCAAGCUUCCGCCGAACGACGUCAAGUGCGUUCCUGUGCUUCCUGCUGCGCUGGAGGAGCAGGCCGUGCGUGCAGCCCACCAGGUGUCUGGCCAUAGUGGCUGGGAGGCGACGUGGCAGUUGCUUCGAUCCCAGUGCCAUUUCUUGGGCAUGGGACAGCGCUGCCAAGCGUUUGUGUCCGGAUGCAGCAGCUGUCAAGCCGCCAACCCACGCCGCGGAGAGGCGACCGAGCCCACUCGUCCGGUAUCAGCCAACGGCCCCUGGGAUGUGGUGCACAUCGAUACCCUCGAGCUCGGCGUUAACCGGUCCGGGCGUUACCACUGCGUGUUGGUAUGCGUGGAUGCAUUCACCAAGUGGGUCGAGGUGGUUCCCCUCAAGCGUCAUGACGGCAUCUGUGUGGCUAGAGCUUUCGUCGACGUGUGCUCUCGGUGGGGUCCUCCUCGCGUGGUUCGAUCCGACAACGGCACAGAGUUCAAGAACGCUGUCAUGUCUUCCGUCUACGAGGCGUUCGGCGUUCAUGUCUGCUACGGCGCGGCACGUCAUCCCCAGUCGCAAGGCGUGGCUGAGAGGUUCAACCAAACCCUGUUGACCCUCGUGCGGAAGGUUCUGGAUGAGGCGCACGACUGGGAACAGGAGCUGGCGAUGCUCCUGUACUACUAUCGGAUCCGGCCACACAGCGCCACCAACGUCUCCCCGAUGGAGGCCAUGUCUGCGCUCGGCCGCUUCGACUUCAUCGACGAGCCGACACCGAGCCGCUUGACUGUUGGCGAUGCUGUCAUGCUUCGCCGGCCUCAGCGCUGCCAGAAGCGCCUAACCCCGUACGAGCCUGGUUGGCAAGUUAUGUCGAUUGUGGGCCCCUCGACGGUGGUGGUUCAUCGGGUCGACGGCACCGGCCGUGACAAGAUCGUGAAUGUCGACUUAUUAAGGCGUGCCGCCGAGGACGAUCUGCCGCCCCCGCCGCCCGUCGCUCCGGGUGCCAGCGAUGAAGCCGAGUCGGGCCCUGUUCCGUCUCUGGUAUUGAGCGUUGACCCGGUCACGCCGCCGCCUGCUGCAGGCCCAUCAUUGCGCGACCGGUCUACGCUUGUGCGACCUGCUCGAUAUUGA